GGGAAGGAACUACAACUCCCGGCAGGCCUCGCGCGCGGGCCCCGCGGGAUGCAGACGACGCUGACAGCUGCCGGCGGGCGGGCUAGAAGGAUGGAGGCCGGGGAGGCAGCGCCGCCAGCGGGUCCGGGCGGCUGGAGCAAGUGGGUGCGGCUCAACGUGGGGGGCACCGUGUUCCUGACCACCCGGCAGACGCUGUGCCGCGAGCAGAAGUCCUUCCUCAGCCGCCUGUGCCAGGGGGAAGAACUGCAAUCGGACAGGGACGAGACUGGGGCCUACCUCAUCGACCGAGAUCCCACCUACUUCGGACCCAUCCUGAACUUUCUGCGGCCAUGGCAGCUGGUGCUGGAUAAAGAUAUGGCAGAAGAAGGGGUGAGGGUCCUGGAGGAGGCAGAGUUCUACAACAUCGGGCCGCUUAUCCGCAUCAUCAAGGACCGCAUGGAGGAGAAGGACUACAGCGUCACGCAGGUGCCACCCAAGCAUGUCUACCGCGUGCUGCAGUGCCAGGAGGAGGAGCUGACGCAGAUGGUGUCCACCAUGUCCGACGGCUGGCGCUUCGAGCAGCUGGUGAAUAUUGGCUCGUCCUACAACUAUGGCAGUGAGGACCAGGCCGAGUUUCUGUGCGUGGUCUCCAAGGAGCUGUACAGCUGCCCACACGGGCUGAGCUCCGAGUCCGGCCGCAAAACCAAGAGCACCGAGCAGCCGCUGGAGAAGGAAGAGCAGCCGCAGGAGGAGGAGGUGGAGGUGGAGGUGGAGCGGGUGCAGGUGGAGGCAGAGCCCCAGGAGAAAGCCCGGUCAUCUCAGGAUCCCGCUCACCCUUCCUCCCUUACACCACCACCACCACCACCACCAACACCACCUCUUCCUCCGCUCCAGGCCGGAGGUCCCCGGGUGCCCCCUCGCAGACCCGAGGCCCUGCGCGCACUGAGGGUUUCCACCCGGCCCCUCGCCGCCCCCCCGAGCUGCCAACCGCCCUGCUGUUACAAGCCAGAGGCGCCCGGAUGUGAGGCCCCAGAUCACCUCCAGGGACUUGGGGUUCCGAUCUGAAAUCCUUUAUUUUUGUACCAUGGGCUGGGCCCCCUCCUCUCCCAGGGAGAAGAAGCAGUCUCUCUCUCUUCCCUCUACCCCCAAACCCCACCUCUGUCUGCCCUUGCCCAGGUGGGCUCCAGAAACCAGGCAGGGCCAGGUGUGGUUCAGCCCAGCUGUUCCCUUCUGGCCUGUCCAUCUGCCCCACCACCACCCCUGCCCCUGUCUUGACUGCAUGGUGGACACUCCCUCCUAGCCCAGCCCUAUUCAGCCCCUCUGAGCCCCCUCCCCCCAACUCUAUACACACACCGACUUUUCAGGGUUGUUGAGCGGCUGCGGGAAGAAGCAGCCUUCCCUCCUCCCUACCCCCGGAAAAAAAGAAAGUCCCGGGAUGGGAUUUAAAGAGCUGGGCACCUACCCUGGGGGGGGUGU